AUGUUUUACUCGCAACUAACUGGUCAGGGCGUUUGCAAGCAGAAAAGGCAAUCCUCUCAUAAUGGAUGUGAGAUUUCGAAGAAGAUGAGCGCCUGCGUACACAGACUGAAGCGUGGGAAUUUCGAACAUGGGCAGUUACAUGGGGCCGUGGAAGCUAGAUGA